CCAGGUCUGUUUGGACGUGUGCUACUAGAAGAAAAAUGGCCUCCGACAAGCAAAAUGAAGGAAAAAUAUUACCUAUGGACGAGAAUAAAGAAAAUACAACGGAAGAUGGAAUAGGGCUGGAGAUUCUCCAGAUCAUCAAGGAUUCCCAGCAACAACAUGGCUUGCGACACGGGGAUUAUCAAAGAUACAGGGGAUACUGCUCCCGGCGCUUGCGUCGUUUGCGCAAGACCCUGGGCUUCAAGUGCGGCAACAGGCACAAGUUCACUGGGAAGAAAGUGACUGUCGAGAUGCUCUCUGACAACCGGUACUCUGACAACAGGUAUCUACUCCUGGUACUGAUGGAGGCUGAGAGGGCGUGGAGCUAUGCCAUGCAGCUGAAGCAGGAGGCCAACACAGAGCCCCGCAAGCGCUUCCACCUGCUGUCCCGCCUGCGGAAGGCCGCCAAACAUGGAGAGAGGCUGGAGAAGCUGUGCGAGAGCCCUCGUGUGGAUGCCAAGACCAAACUGGAAGCACAGGCCUACACCUCCUACCUGAGUGGCAUGGUGCGCUUUGAGCUGCAGGAGUGGAAGGCUGCCACGGAGGCCUUCAACAAGUGCAAGACCAUCUAUGAGAAGCUGGCCAGUGCCUUUACUGAGGAGCUGGCAGUGCUGUAUCACCAGCGUGUGGAGGAGAUCUCACCCAACAUCCGCUACUGUGCUUACAACAUCGGUGACCAGAACGCCAUGAAUGAGCUGAUGCAGAUGAGGCUCAGUGCAGGAGGAGGAGGAGGCAUGAUGGCUGAGAAACUAGAGGCCCUGAUCACACAGACGAGAGCCAAGCAGGCAGCCACCAUGAGUGAGGUGGAGUGGCGAGGCCGAACGGUGCCCGUCAAGAUCGACAAGGCUCGCAUUUUCCUGCUGGGCCUGGGAGACAACGAGGCCGCCAUCGCCCAGGCAGCCAAUGAGGAGACCAAGGAACGUCUGUACGAGACCCUACUAGCCGAGUGCAGAGACACCAUCCAGGCUGUGAGAGAGGAGCUGAAGACUGAAGCGAAGCAGCGAGAGAGAUCUGAUGAAGCCAGUGGCAAGGUGUCCAACCUGCAGUUCCUGCACAGCUACCUGACCUACAUCAAGCUGUGGACGGUGGUGAAGAGGAACGAGAGCAUGGCCCACAUGCUGCAGGCCAAGCUGAAGGAGCCGCAGACGGACGAGAACAAAAGGGGCCCUCGCCCCCAGGACCUCAUCCGCCUGUACGACAUCAUCCUCCAGAGUCUGGCUGAGCUGUCCACCCUACAGGGGCUGGAGGAAGAUCACACGUUCCAGAAGGAGGUGGCCCUCAAGAUGCUGGUCUACAAGGCCUACAGGUGUUUCUUCAUAGCCCAGUCGUACGUGCUGGUGAAGAAGUGGAGCGAGGCUCUGGUCCUGUAUGAGCGGGUCCUGAAGUACGCCAAGGAGGUCCAGUCCAAGGCUAAGAGCCUCAACAACAGCCUCAAGGAUCUGCCUGAUGUGCAGGAGCUGAUCACAGAGGUCAACGCUGAGAAAUACUCGCUUCAGGCGGCGGCCAUCUUAGACACAGAGGAUGCUCCUGAAGCACCGUCUCAGCAGAAGGUGAAAGACAACACGCCUCUGUGUGAGCGUCUGGAGACCUUCCACCUGGACCCCACCCUGGUGGGGAAGCAGCCCAACCUGGUCCAGUUCCCCCCCGACUUCCAGCCCAUCCCCUGUAAGCCCCUCUUCUUUGAUCUGGCACUCAACCACGUGGCCUUCCCACCCCUCGACGACAAGGUGGAGCAGAAGGGCAAGGGCGGCCUGACCGGCUACAUCAAGGGCAUCUUCGGCUUCGGCAGCUAAAUCGAGUCCCAGGCUUUGGUGAGGCCUUCAGGUUGGAAGCAGCCAUGGUCCCCCAUGAUAUUGAUAAACAGGCUGAGUGGGUUUCUUGAAAACUUUCUCCGUCUCCACCUGAACUGUGGAAACAAUGUCUGUGUCUGGAAAUGGUACCCUGUUCCCUUAUGUAGUAGACAACUUGGUCAAAACUAGUGCACUGCAUAGGGUAUAGAGUGCCAUUUCAAAAGCUACCAGUUUGAGACUUCGUGUUCUAGAGGUUUCCAGGCCUUGUGUUUGUUCCCUUCAACCACCCCCAACACACUUUACAGAGGGAAACAAACCCAAUUGACUUUUCAUUUUCAACUCGUAAAAGCGCCUUCAUGUACUCCGUCUCGAUGUCAGUAUACAGGAGGGAGGGAGAGGAAGUGUUGUCCCAAUCACUAUCAAAAAGGACAAACCGUAUAAAUGCAGGCACACAGGGUAAAUCCGCGACCAAGCCGUGAUGUCUCAUAACACGUUCAUUUCUGAUCGUAGUCAUACUGUCGAAAUCACCUCUGUAUUGCCUCAACUGUCUCAUGACUGUAAUAUCUAGAUUGUGAGACAAGUUCUCAAUAUAGAGAAUAAUGUAUCCGUCUGUCUUGUCCUGCACGCCAUUGUGGCACCAAUACGUCUCUGCAUGGUUGACAGUUAACGUUAGACAUCAGGAUUGAAAUGGUCCUGUGUGUGACAAAAGACAGAAUGACCUUUGAGGUCAAAGGGGACUGCUGUCACGAUCGUCGAAGGGAGAGAGAUUGGACCAAGGCGCAGCGUGUGCAAAAUACAUCUUCUUUUAUUAGAAGAGAGAAAAGAAACACGAAACAAC